AUGGCAAAGUUUGUUCUUGCAGGCAAAGCUUACUGUCCUUAUUAUGCAAAGGCUGAGCUUCUUUCUGAUAUACUGCAAAGAAACCUGCCUGAUUUUCACAUUCAUAAGAUCUGUGUGCAACCCAAUGACCGGAAGGUAAACCUGUCCUGCAAUUGUUCAUGUUGGAAGCAUUCAAGUUCUCCUAUAGUUUGGAGGGAGUUGACUGAUCAUGGUGGGAAAUGCAUGCUGCACAGAGGCUUCAAUGAUUUCGGUUACUAUGGCAUAAGGUCAGAUAUGACCACUGAUCUGAUGCUAAAAAUUGCAGAAGAGAAUCUGCAGACCAAAGAGCUGUGUGUGCAGGAGGAGGUUAACCAAUGGAACUCUUUCAGACCUCUGCACAUCUGGAUCAACAUCACUAGCGUCAUUGUGUGGGUCAAUGUCAGUGGCAGUUACCAUGUUGAUCUACAGUUGGCAAAGGUUUUUAAAUAUGAUGGUGCUAUUUUGGGCCCAGAUGGCUUUUCUCAGCCGGUCAUGGAUAUGAUUUAUGAUCAUUGUGGUAAAUGGCUGGAGUCUGAUUUUAUGGGUUUACUACAUAAACACAGUGCCAUAAUUUCAUUCAAGACCAACAGAGCCACAGCCAUAUCAACAACCAAUGGAAUAGUCACCGUUUUAAAGGCCUGGAAUAAUAAUGAGUCUGCAGAGGAAGUAUUUUCAUUGGGUGUACUUAAUAUAGGCAAGAUUAACAGUUCAAAUCACAAUCAAAUGGUUUAA